AUAAAGGAUAAUGGAAAGUGAAACAAGUCCAAAGAUUUUAAGCUUUCGUACUAAUAGUAACGUCAAUACUUUAAAUUCAGAUCUCAUACGUACAAAUCAUAGUCAUUAUGAAUCUACAAUAUUAAAAACUAAAGAGUAUAUUAUAAUUUAAUUAUCAUAGAAAAAAUAAGAAGAUACAUUAAUUGGUUGAAGGAGUAUUUUCAGAAAAUAGUGAUAGAAAUAAUUAUGAUUCAACAAGCAAUACAAGUUGUUUAAGCAAUUUCUCAUUAUUCAAACCUAAAUAAAACUAAAAGGAUUUUGAAAACUAAUUCACUUUUGUUAGCCAAGAGGAUUCAAUUAACUAAUAAAAAUCAUAUAAAAAAUAAUCGAAAUAAAAUAAUUUAUCACGAUUAUCAAUAUCUAACAAAAUAAAUCCUAGAACAUAAAGUUCAUCAUCAAUUAAAGAAUAAAUUCAAGAGGAAAAAUAUUGUAGUAUUUGUGGUCAAGCUGAUUAAUAUUCCAAUUUUAUCAGACCUUGCCUUUGUAAAUCAAAACAACAUAUUCAUCAAUAAUGUGAAUAGAGAGAAUUUUGUGAAAAGUAUAUAGACAAUUAAUUUUACAAAAUAACAAAACCAUUGUAAUGUGAAAAAUGCCAUUUUAAUUUUGUAAUAAAAUCUUACAAAGAUAUUAAUUUCUUUAAUGCUUUUAAAGAUCCAAUCAAACAUCGAAAAGUCUUAAUGUAUUUAUCAAUCAUUUUAACAAUGUUGGUUUUUAUUAUAACUUUGAUAAUGCUGUCUAUUUUAAAUAGAAUGGAAUUUAGAUAUCAUAUUGAAUAUAUAGCAGGUGUUAUACUUGUUUGUCUUAUUUUUAUUGGUAUCAUUAUAAUAGUCAUUUAAAAUAUGUUUGAAUAUAUUUCUAAUGUAAUUAAAUAUUUAAAAUAUAGUUUACUUGGUUUAUUUUAGAUAGAGAACAAGGAAAAAUAAAUGAUAAUGGAAUCAGAAUGAAUCUUUAGUCAUUAAAUGAUGCUUUAGAAAUUCAAUUCAAAAAAAAAAAAUAAAUUUUAUAAGUGAUGGAUAAUAUGACAUUACAAACUGUACAUUUUGAACUUCCAAUAUAAAAUCCAAAAGAAAUAAAAUGA